AUGUAAAUUUAAAUAACAAAUCAAUCAAAUUCAAGCCAAUUGCAAUCAAAAACAACACCCAUAUAACCUUGGCAUUAAUAUUCGGCAAUAAAAGGUUCAAGAAUUUUUCAUUAUUACCAAAGUGUCUUUGUCAUCAUCAUAGUUGUUCUUGCAUGACGUUAUUAUUCGAUUUGGAUCAAUUUGACAAUUUUUUCAUCAAUUGUCAUGAUGAAGGGGCUUUACGAACAUCAGCAACAAACGAAAAAAAUAACGCCAUUGCUUCCAAUAAGUUUGGCUUUGGAACCAAUUAGCGUAACUAAUAACGAUAAUAUUAUCGUAAGCGAUAACAAUAAUGGAAUCACAUAUAAUAAUGACAAUCCAAGUGGUACAGAAUUAUUGGAACAAAAUGGCAAUAAGAAUGUUGAAUGUAUUAAUAAUUCAUUGACAGAAAAAUCAUCGAUUGAUCCCCAACUACAGUAUCGAAAUCCUUUAAAAGACGAUGAUAAAAUGAUAACAUCAUUAUCUUCGGAAGAAGCUGCUGUGAUUAAUGCUCGACUAGAUUCAAGGUCAAGUGCCACUAGUAGUCACAAUGAUUCUUCACACUUUCACAAUCGUCAACGAUCAAUUCGCCAGCAAACAUCAUUGAAUACAUCAUCUUCGGCUACGAAUAGUACAAUAACGCACACAUAUCAAAGUAAGAAAAGUCCAAAGAAAUGUAAACGUCAAUUGAACUAUUCACGACCGCCGGAUGGUGGCUGGGGAUGGAUGGUUGUUUUCGCUAGCUUUAUCAUUAAUCUAAUUGCUGAUGGUGUAUCUCUAUCGUUCGGUGUUAUUUAUGUUGAAUUGGUAAAUUAUUUCAAUGAAUCAAAAGGCAAGACCGCUUGGAUCGGUUCAUUGUUCCUAUCGAUACCAUUAUUAACUGGUCCAAUCGGAUCAUCUUUGGUCGAUCGAUUUGGUUGUCGCAAAGUUACAAUUGCUGGUUCUCUGCUAGCUUCAUUAGGAUUUUUUCUUGGUCAAUUUGCUACCUGUGUAGAACAUUUAUUUUUUGCAUUCAGUUUAGCUGGAUUCGGUCUGGCACUUGAUUAUGUAACAUCCAUAGUAAGCGUAGCAUAUUGGUUCGAUCGUCGAAGAUCACUUGCUACUGGGUUGGCGGUUUGUGGAUCUGGAUUUGGAACUUUUUUGUUUGCUCCAUUUAUGAUUUUGUUACUUAAAGAAUAUGGCUGGCGUGGAACAUUGCUCAUACUUUCAGGCGUUUUUCUCAACAUGGUUUGGUGUGGAUUAUUGAUUCCUGAUAUUAACAUCGAUACCUCAGGCGAUAUUUCCACCUCCUCAUCAUCAUCAAAUAGCCAGGAUAUUUCUGAUUCAGAUUCAGAUCUUUCUGACUCUGUUGAUAAUCUUGAUUAUGAUGAUGAAAAUGAUCGUCCCAAAUCAAUGACAGAUAAUUGGUCCCAAGAACCACAUCGUUUAUCACUAAAACAGCAUUCGGUACGAGUAAAACCCUUAUUGGAAUCUAAUUCAAUCGAUGAUUCAUUUCCACGACAUACAAGUUCAUUGAUUAAUAUACCAACAUUCAUCAAAAAUAAUAAUGAUCAAAAUUCUUCGACUAAUAAAAAGAAUGAAAUGCAAUCGAAUAAUAAGUAUCGCGAUUUAACAUUUCGUCGUGGUGGUUAUCUACAUAAUUUGAUUUGCCAUUAUCCUCAUUUGUUAAGUAUGUUUCUUCAGUGUGAUAUGCAAUGUGAUGAUCUUACCGUAAAAACCAAAGUGAUAUUACAAUCAAAUAUGUCAACAGUUCCUUUAACUCCACCAUCUCCUGUUCCACCGAAACCAAUACAGAAAGUCGUCGAAUUUGGUUCUACUCAUCACAUGGAUUCUCACACGAAAUUGAAUGGUUUUAUACAAAAUGAUGGCGAUACGAAAGAUUCAAAUGAUGUGAGCAGAAAUGAAGGAAUUUUAAAAUCAUCAUCUGAUUCCAGACAAAACAAUACAACAAGUCGUUUUGGAAAUUUAUUAAAUUUUACUCGACAAUCACAACAUAUUGCUAAUAAUAAUGAUGUCUUAUUCAAUUCUCACCAGCAAAACACAUCACACGUAAAUCGUUUACAUCACCUUCGAUUGCCUCGCGGAAGUUUAACAUAUAGAAGUGCAAUGUUGGUCAUCAAUAAAUAUCGAUUAAAAGCCUCUUCAGCGCCUGACAUCUAUCGAACUAGUAUGGUGACUAUAAACGAAGAAAAGAGUUUAAAUUUUUUCGAAAAUUUGAAAGAAAUUUUUGUCAAUAUGAUCGAUAUAUCCAUUUUCAAAUCUUUUCGUUAUUCAAUAUUUUGCCUGUCAAAUUUUUUGCUCUAUGUUUGUAUAGAUGUGCCCUAUGUGUAUAUACCGGAUCAAGUUAUUACAAGUGGAGCAUCGGAUAAAGAUCACGCAUCACAAUAUAUUUCGAUAAUUGGCAUUUUCAACAUAUUUGGAGUGAUCUUUGUCGGAUAUAUAGGAGAUAAACCAUGGCUAGAUGCAAGCUUCAUCUAUGCUAUUCUCGUAUCGAUAAGCGGGUUAAUGAUGGCUGCGCUACCAUUGACUACUGAUAGUUUGCUUUUGAGCAUUGAAUCGGCCCUCUAUGGAUUCUGUAUCUCUGCCAACUAUUCAUUGGUUUCUGUUAUUCUUGUUGAAUUGAUCUCGUUGGAUUCAUUUACAACCGCAUAUGGAAUGUUAUUGUUGGUAGAAGGGUUUGGUUCAUUGAUAGGUCCUCCAGUUGCUGGCUGGAUAUUUGAUGUAUCUGGAAGUUAUGAUAACGCUUUUUACAUAACUGGAAUAACAAUCUUGUUAUCGGGUAUAUUGGUUUUACCGGUUGGUAGAAAGAAAAAUUGUUUCAUAUGGAGAGAACGAUCCGACGAGAAAAUUGAAAAAGUACUAAAAGACAAAAAUCUACAUUCAUCAUCUGAUUGCGCUUCAUCACCAUCAUGUGAAAUAAAAAUUGAUAACAAACAUUCUAAUCUGUUGAAAACAAGAGCCAUUUCGACUGUUGAAAAAGAUUCCGAAUUUUAACUUAACCAUUGAUCAUCAUAAAUGUGAUAUUUAUAAUUGUAAUACUGCUGAAUAGUAUUCAGUGAAUACCACACAAGUGUUGAUAUUCUAAUCUCCGAUCUGUUUUAUUCAUUAUU